AAAUGGAAGCGUGCGCGUGUACUGGUCCUGAGGCUCGUUCAUAGGUCUGUGUCAAUGCGUUCGCUGUUGCGUCUCAGGAGCACAAGCGAUGAGAGGGACUCAGCCUAACAGGAGGGAGAGCCAGAAUAUAAACCCCUCCGUCGGUCGGUUAGUCCAUCUCGGUAGGCGUUGAUCGUACUCAAAUCUGCUCAUUCACUCUCAUCCCCUCAUUUGCUUCAUUCGGCAGGACCAGUUUAUUCGUUACGUUCUUUUACACACGCUAAACUUCUUUCAUCAUGAGAUUCGCCAUCGUCGCCCUCCUUCUCGGAGCCACCAGUGCUUACGUCGUUACCGGCGGCAACUCCCAGAGCGAUGCUGCUGUAGCUGCUCGUAAUGUUGUGAGCGGACGCUCCGACAUCGCCAUCGACGCGAGGGACCCUCACCACAAGGGCCGAAAGCAGCAGCGUGAUAUCGAGAUUGAUGCUCGUGACCCUCACCACAAGGGUCGUAAGCAACAGCGCGACAUCGAGAUCGAUGCUCGUGACCCUCACCACAAGGGCCGUAAGCAACAGCGCGACAUCGAGAUCGAUGCUCGUGACCCUCACCAUAAGGGCCGUAAGCAGCAGCGCGACAUCGAGAUUGAUGCUCGUGACCCUCACCACAAGGGCCGUAAGCAACAGCGUGACAUCGAGAUUGAUGCUCGUGACCCUCAUCACAAGGGUCGCAAGCAACAGCGUGACAUCGAGAUCGAUGCUCGUGACCCUCACCACAAAGGGCGCAAGCAACAGCGCGAUAUCGAGAUUGAGGCUCGUGAACCUCAUCACAAGGGUCGCAAGCAACAGCGCGACAUCGAGAUCGAGACCCGUGACCCUCACCACAAGGGCCGAAAGCAGCAAAAGCGCGAAGUCGACGAGGCCGAGGUCGAUGCUGAGGUCGAGGCUAGAUCCCCGCACCACAAGGGCCGUAAGCAGCAGCGCGAUAUCGAGGCGAGGCACCACAAAGGAAGAAAGCAACAGAAGCGUGAGGCUGAGGCUGAGGCUGAGGACGAUGCUGAACUCGAGACUCGCGACCCUGCCCCUCACCACAAAGGACGCAAGAACCAACGUCGCCACCACAAGGGCAGGAAGCAGCAGAAGCGUGAGGCCGAGGCUGAGGCUGAGGCUGAGGCCGAAGCCGAACAUGAUCUCGAGACUCGUGACCCUCACCACAAGGGACGCAAGGGCAACUAAAUCAGAAGCAAUUGAGCUUCGACCGGGGGUUUAGGAUGGUGACUGCGUCUUUAUCUUAACUCCCGGACAGUUUGUGCACCCUGGUGGAUGUAAUGAGCUUUAGUGUUUUCUUUGGUACCUAUUUUGUCUCCUGCAACUAAACGAUAGUCAGGUGUGUAGUAUAU